AUGUCAUGCGGAAGGAAAUGUCAAGGUUGUCAAAAGAUCGAAAUGAAAAAGAUGAGCAACGAGAGUAACCUGCAAGUGACUUUCUCAAGACAACGUAGCGAACUCUUCAAGAAAGUCAGUGAACUUUGCACCCUAUGUGAUGCACAAAUUGCUUUUGUUGUAUUCUCACCUAGUGAAAAGGUAUUUUCGUUUGGUCACCCCAAUAUUGAUACAAUCAUAGAUCAUUAUCUCUAUCGAUUUCCACAACAAAACAAUGACAUCAUGGAAUUCAUUAAGGCUCGUCGUAAAGCUAGCGUGUGUGAGAUCAAUACUCAAUUGACUCAAAUCAAUAACACACUAGACAUUGAAAAGAAACUUGGUGAUGAACUGAGCCAUUUGCACAAAGAGUUUGAGGCUCAGUUUUGGUGGACUUGUUCAAUUGAUAAGAUGAAUUGGGCUCAACUUGAAAUGUUCAAGAAGUCUAUGGAGGAUCUUAGAUACCUUAUUGCACAAAAUGCUAUUAACCUUGUAAUUCAAGAUACUCAUACUCAAACUCUUCCAUUUUUUGUUGACAGUGUUUCACCAUCUAACAUCCCUAUCAAACACCAAUUAAUUCCUCUACAAGGUCAAAUGUUUCCACCAUAA